AUGGGCUAUCACACAGCUAACUUUGUUCCAACCCUUCGCCAUAAGACCUAUCCUGCCAUUGACGAGAACAACCCCGAACUGUCAGCAAAUGGCAAAGUAGUCUUCAUUACAGGCGGUGGCUCAGGCAUCGGGCGCCAAAUCGCCAAGGCUUUCCUUACUGCUGGGGCCAAAGGCAUAUUCCUUGCUGGACGAAACGAAUCGAAGUUGCAAGAUGCAGUCAGCGAGCUGAACAAUUUGCAAGGGUCUGCUAAUAAGAAAACGACUUUUCACUACACCACGGCCGAUGUCACAGACGCGGGUUCUGUUGCGUCCGCUUUCAAAAAAGCCAAUGAAGUAUUUGGUCAUAUCGACAUUUUGAUCCAGAAUGCUGGCUACCUUGAUGAUCAUGUUUCUGUAAUAGACUCAGACCUCGAGGACUACUGGAAGACCUUUGAAGUUAACGUCAAGGGAGCACUCAUUGUCGUCAAACAAUUCCUGAAGCAGAGCAGAGCUGGCGACACUAUUAUUAACAUCAGCUCUGGAGCUGGACAUCUGCCCUACCUCCCAGGAUACUCAGCCUAUUCGGGAUCUAAGCUUGCGUUUGCAAAGAUCAUGGAAUAUGUCCAACACGAACAUCCUGAUCUGCGAACCUUUAGUAUUCAACCUGGAGCUGUUGAGACUGCGAUGCAAGCCAAGAGUGGCAUUCCUGCCGUUGAUGAUAUUAGCCUUCCGGCAUCGUAUUGUGUGUGGUUAGCUGGAUCUAAGGACGCAGACGCCGUGAAGGGCAGAUUUCUGUGGACAAAUUGGGACGUUGAUGAAUUGAAAGAUCGCGUUGAGGAGAUUAAAGAGAAGAAUUUAUUGAUUCAUGGGCUAAACGGCUGGUAG